UGAUCAUGCAAUAGUGCACAUCCACGCAACUUAUAAAAGACAUUAAAAGUGAAAUUGAACGCGAUUCCACUUAACUGGUAUUGUUGUUAAUGUAUAGUUUAAGGCUUUUGGCUCAAUACAUCAUAUGUACAUGUGUGUGUACGUAUAUAUACAUAUUUAUAUAAUUGUACUCUUUCAAGUUCAUGAAGAAAUCUUUUCAUUGGUGUCCAGGUUUCACCUUCCCAUUGCAUACCAUGGGCGAGCAUCAUCUGUUGUAAUCUCUGGAAUGGACAUUAUUCGACCGAGGUUUAUGACAAAGAAAAUUUUCACAUCCAGGCAACUUAUAAAAGACAUAUGUAUUGUGACUUUUAGAUAUUUGGUUGCAAUUGAGACAAAGAAAAUUCUUGAGAUGGAAGGAGUUCGAAAUCCAUUGCCUCCUUCAUUGCACAACUUUUAUGUAUUGAUUGAAACGACAGGCAGUAGCGAGUCUUCUGACAAAGAAAAACUUGAAGCUUUCUUAAUUCAUGCAAUGGAAGUUGGCUUUGUUUCUGAUGUUGCUCUAGCAAAAGACAUUAACCAAGCAUUAUCGUUUUGGUGUUUACGUGAGAAAUUUGGAAAUAAGAUUACAACAGAAAGAUUGCAGGAUGUUCCUUUGAGAUACCAGUUUUGCUUUUAUCUAAUGAUAGCUUGGUUCUGCCUUAUCCUGGAGAACGAGUUACUAUUUUCUUAUAAUGUGGAUGAAGUCCAUGGCUGGCACCCAAGCUUAGCCUUGGCCCCAGAAGUUGAAGAAGAAAGCUUAGAACUUUUUGUUCAUUUCAAUUCUGAGUUUUCUGUUUUUGGAUGA